GACAGUCAUUGCCCACCAGUCGUCGUGGCAGCAACAUGUGCAAAGGUCUGGGCUUCACCACAGGCCUGGUGGCAUUUUGUGCCUUUCUUUGUUGCUUUGGCGCGCUGCACAUGCUCAACAAGAUUCCCCAUGUGGAUGAUGAUGAUGAGGAGCAGCUUCAAUCACAAUCGCUCAGCUGCAAGCCUCUUUUUGUACUGGAUCUAACUUCAGUGCAACUCUUGUAUAUAAAAUGGACUUUGGUGCUGACUAUUUUCUAUAACUUUGUGGUCAUGUUGCUGAUUAGAGCUCAGUAUUUAACACACUUUGAUAUCAACCUUGUGACCUCCAAUGCGAUGCUGCUCAUUGGCGCAGCUCUUUGCUUGGCAAUCUUCGUAGACACCGGUUUACUGCAUGAGCGGCUGCCCUUUGUGGAGUCCUGGUGCAACCAAUUCAUCGUUGGCUUUAUGUACCUAAUUGCCAUCGAAGUUUGCAUUUCUGUCGUCUUCUUUCUUAUACACUCUUGCCAAUGUUAUUUUCAGCUUGAGCAGCGUGGUUAUUAAAAAGUAAGUUCCUGGAGAGCCCUCUACUUCUUAAAAGUCUAUGGCUUACAAAUUUCUUAUGCUUAUUCUAAAAACUAAUUUGCUCAGUCUCUUAAAUUAUAU